AUGAGGCUCCGAAAUGGAACUGUAGCCACUGUUUUAGCAUUUAUCACCUCGUUCCUCACUUUAUCUUGGUAUACGACAUGGCAAAAUGGGAAAGAAAAAGUGAUUGCUUAUCAACGAGAAUUUCUUGCCCUGAAAGAGCGUCUCCGAAUAGCUGAACAUAGAAUCUCUCAGCGCUCUUCUGAACUCAGUGCCAUUGUACAGCAAUUCAAGCGUGUGGAAGCAGAAACAAACAGAAGUAAGGAUACAGUGAAUAAGUUUUCAGAUGAUACCCUAAAGAUAUUAAAGGAGUUAACAAGCAAAAAGUCUCUUCAAGUGCCAAGUAUUUAUUAUCAUUUGCCUCAUUUAUUGCAAAAUGAAGGAAGCCUUCACCCUGCCGUACAGAUUGGAAAUGGACGGACUGGAGUUUCAAUAGUAAUGGGAAUUCCCACAGUGAAGAGAGAAGUUAAAUCUUACCUCAUAGAAACUCUUCAUUCCCUUAUUGAUAAUCUGUAUCCUGAAGAGAAGUUGGACUGUGUUAUAGUAGUCUUCAUAGGAGAGACAGAUACUGAUUAUGUAAAUGGUGUUGUAGCCAACCUGGAGAAAGAGUUUUCUAAAGAAAUCAGUUCUGGCUUGGUGGAAAUAAUAUCACCUCCUGAAAGCUAUUAUCCUGACCUGACAAACUUAAAGGAGACAUUUGGAGAUUCUAAAGAAAGAGUAAGAUGGAGAACAAAGCAAAACCUAGAUUAUUGUUUUCUAAUGAUGUAUGCUCAGGAAAAAGGCACAUACUACAUCCAGCUUGAAGAUGAUAUUAUUGUCAAACAGAAUUACUUUAACACCAUAAAAAAUUUUGCACUUCAACUUUCUUCUGAGGAAUGGAUGAUACUUGAGUUCUCCCAGCUGGGAUUCAUUGGUAAAAUGUUUCAAGCACCCGACCUCACUCUGAUUGUGGAAUUCAUAUUUAUGUUCUAUAAGGAGAAACCCAUUGACUGGCUCUUGGACCAUAUUCUGUGGGUGAAAGUCUGCAACCCUGAAAAAGAUGCAAAACACUGUGAUCGACAGAAGGCGAAUCUGCGAAUUCGUUUCAGGCCGUCCCUUUUCCAACACGUUGGUCUGCAUUCUUCACUCACAGGAAAAAUUCAGAAACUCACGGAUAAAGAUUACAUGAAACCAUUACUGCUCAAAAUCCAUGUAAACCCCCCUGCAGAGGUAUCUACUUCUUUGAAGGUCUACCAAGGUCAUACACUGGAGAAAACUUACAUGGGUGAAGACUUCUUCUGGGCUAUAACGCCAGUAGCUGGAGACUACAUCCUAUUUAAAUUCGACAAGCCAGUCAAUGUGGAAAGUUAUUUGUUCCAUAGUGGCAACCAGGAACAUCCAGGGGAUAUUCUGCUCAACACAACUGUGGAAGUUUUGCCUUUGAAGAGUGAAGGUUUGGAAAUCAGCAAAGAAACCAAAGACAAACGAUUAGAAGAUGGCUAUUUCAGAAUAGGGAAAUUUGAAAAUGGUAUUGCGGAAGGGAUGGUGGAUCGCAACCUGAACCCCAUUUCAGCCUUCAGACUUUCAGUUAUUCAGAAUUCUGCUGUUUGGGCCAUUCUUAAUGAGAUCCAUAUUAAAAAAGUCACAAACUGA